GUAAAUGUAACAACAACUGAUAAGUGGACGGACGUAUCAUUGCGAUGUGGGACAUUAAAAACAAAACUUUUUUAAUAACGGGAGGUGCUUCCGGACUUGGCGCGGAAUACGCAAAGGCUUGUUUAGAACACGGAGCAAAGAAUGUAGCAAUCCUAGACAUCGCCGAGGACCUGGGCAAAGCUAAAGCUGAAAGUCUGAACAAGGCUUACGGCAAUAAAGUGAUAUUCGUGAAAUGUGACGUGAGCAAGGAGGAGGACAUCGUGAGCGCGUGGGACGCCGUGCUCGCUCAGUUCAAGCAGGUUGACGUCAUCAUCAACAAUGCUGGUAUCAUGGUUGACGCUCCUAACAUGUGGAGAACUGCUUCCGAUGUUAAUUGGCAAGGAGUAGUCUCCUUUACUCUUAAAGGCGUCAGCCACAUGAGGAAAGAUGAGGGCGGAGCUGGUGGGACAAUUCUGAACGUCGCCUCAAUUUUGGGCUUAUCAAAAUUAACCUUUUUGCCAAUCUAUUCUGGAUCCAAAAUCGCUGUUGUGCACUUCAGUCAAUGUUUAACGAUGGACCCCUUCUAUGAAAAUACCGGUGUAAGAGUUCUGACGAUGUGCUUAGGAUGCACGGACACGCCUCUAGUGCAGAAUUUAGAGACCAAGUCGUGGGAUCCGAAACUUGGAGAUGAAAUAGUCGUUAACGUUGCUAACAAUUACAUACGCCAAAAAAAAGAGUCAGCCGUCGCAGCACUUAUUAAGAUGUUAGUAAAUGGUAACCCAGGUUCUAUUUGGCUGAGUGUUGACGACAAACCGGCUCGAGACAUCACAUCUGCCAUGGAUAACGUUUACAAAGAAUUUGAGAAAGUAAUGGCGGAAUAAAA